CAUCAUAAUAGACAACAAGUACGCGAGAUAUCGGCUCAUCAACUAAACAAGUUUUCAAUGUUUUCAUAUCUAACUUCGUCGUUACAUGUUAGCAAAAUAGCAAUAAUGAACAAACUCAACAAACAGCCUACAGGCCCAACUACAGGUUGCGUCGGUAGUCUGUAUGUUUCAGCUUGCUAUUGUGUCGAAAAUACAAAUUAACCACCGUGAAAAUUGUACUUUUUAUUACAUAAUAAAUUAAUAACAUGUCUGACACUCAUUUGUCACCACCCGAGCUUUUUGGAGACGAACACAUUUGCAGUACUAUAACGACGAUGAAACAGUGCUGUGGUGAUGUACUGUUAAAUCGACACAGAGCUAAAGAUGGAUUACAAUCUGCAUGAGACUUCACCAUUAUUUCUGAUUGUGGCAGUCACUUGCAGCAGAUCACUGAACGUUCAUGUAUAUACAUUAAACAUAAUGCACGUUAGUUAUUUAUAGAUAAUUAAGAUCAUAGAUCAACACACAAUGCAAUUUGGAACAGUUAAUUGGAACCUUUUAACAUUGAGAUCAAUAAAUUAAAAUUCAAGGUGGAAACUACCAAAUGGUACACUGUUAAUGACAAAGAUCUACAUUAGUUUAUCACAACUCCUAGGAAAAUAAUUAACAGUUGCAAUACAAUUCAAUCAAUAUAUUAAAACUAUGACAUCAGACAUUCUGCACUAUUGUAAAGUGACUAAGGGUCCGAGAUUCGAGAACAGAACAAUAAAUGCUUGACGUUUGAUUUAUAAAUCAAAGUCUGAAGAUGUUAAAUAUAUCGUUAGUUGUUACUUGUUAGUUGUUAGUUCCUUAAUCAUUACAGGCGUUAUUAACGUUAAUACUAAAUUACUAAAUGUCUUAAUUACAGUACUGCCACUGUGACAUUAUGAAUUACUGUGAAUGUUACAUUUUAGAACCCCUACCUAAUCACCAACUCCAAAUUGGCGAAUGCCGAAUGCAAAAACGAUGCUCCUUGUUCAAAUGACAAACGCACGUUAGCCAGACGAUGUAAUUCACACUAUCUCCGCCGCCUUGUUAUUGCGGCAAAACAGCAUCUUAUACAUUUUCGCAUUCUACUGAAGUAAAAAACGUUUAAUUACUAAUUUUUUUUCUCGUCAGUUCAGUGUUUGUCAAUAACCAGGAUUUCCGUUAUUUCAAUUAUCCGAGAUGAAUGUCUAUGGAAUCUUCUACUUGUUCAUGUUGUGCAUCAACUUUGUUUAUUCUCAAAGGACGCCAAUUAUAGCACAUAUCACACAAAAAAGUAUAACAGAUAUUGGUGAAACGGUUAACUUGACAUGUACAGUCUUUUAUGCUACAGAAUUUAGUAUUUUGUGGGUUAAGGUUGACAAAGAAAGAUCUAUUGAACCUGUUAUAUUUUCAAAUAGAAAUUCACUGAUCAUUAAAGAUUCAAGAUUAUCAUUGAGUCAAGACAAAGAUAUCGAUAGUUACACAUUACAGAUUAAUGAUAUCCAAGAAACUGAUGCUGGUUUCUAUCGUUGUGAAGUUAUACUUGGAAUAAGUAAUAAAAUAACAGCUGAUACUGAAUUAAUAGUACGUAGACGUCCAUUUAUUUCUGACAAUUCAACUAGAUCGUUAGUUGUUAAAGUAGGUCAACCAGUGAAACUAGAAUGUUAUGCCAGUGGAUACCCUAGUCCAUUAAUUUCCUGGAAGCGAGCAAACAAUGCAAUUUUAGCUAAUGGUGUAUCAAUAUAUAGAGGUAACAUUUUGGAAAUUUCGGCCAUAACAAAAGAAGAUCGUGGAACCUAUUACUGUGUAGCUGAAAAUGGUGUCGGAAAAGGUGCAAGGCGUAAUAUUGCCAUAGAGGUAGAAUUUUCUCCAGUUAUAACUGUUCCUAAACCUCGUUUGGGACAGGCUCUACAAUAUGACAUGGAUCUCGAGUGUCAUGUUGAAGCUUAUCCUCCACCAGCUGUCAUCUGGUUAAAUAAUGGAGUACAAUUAUCCAAUAAUCAACAUUACAGAAUAUCACAUUUUGCUACCACUGACGAAACAUCAGACACUACAAUACGAAUCAUUACAAUUGAAAACCGUCAAUAUGGGGAUUAUAUCUGCAAAGCGUCAAAUAUAUUAGGAACUGCUGAAGUUACAGUUACUCUUUACGAAACUAUAAUACCAGUAUGUCCACCAGCCUGUGGCCAAUUAUUAUCACACUCAAAAAACUCUGCUAUCAAAAUUUCAAGUGUUAAUGUCUUAAUUGCUUCCUAUUUAUUUUUUGUUUAUCUUAAUUUUUAAAUUAAUUCAUCAUUUAAAAAACAAUUUAUUAAGGAGUUAAAACC